CUAUCCUUGCCACAAAACGUUUAUCCCAUCUAGAGUGAGAGAGAGGAAGAGAUAAUGAGGUCGGCAAAUUACGCUUCGGCUUUGGUGUGUGCUAUGGCCUUGGCCAUGGCCUGCACCACCCUCGCGCAGAACUCCCCCCAAGACUUCGUGGACGCCCACAACUCGGCCCGGGCGGCCGUCGGCGUUGGCCCCGUGUCGUGGGACGACAACGUCGCCGCGUACGCGCAGAACUACGCCAACCAGCGCAUCGGCGACUGCCAGCUCGUGCACUCCGGCGGGCCUUACGGGGAGAACCUCUUCGGGGGCAGCAGCACGGAAUUCACCGGAAUCGACGCCGUCAACAGCUGGGUCGACGAGAAGCAGUACUACGACUACGACAGCAACUCGUGCGCUGACGGCCAGGUCUGCGGCCACUACACGCAGGUGGUGUGGCAGGACUCGACGGCCAUCGGCUGUGCUCGGGUGCAGUGCGACAACGGCGGCAUCUUUAUCAUCUGCAACUACAACCCAGCGGGCAACAUCGUGGGGGAGCGCCCUUACUGAGAUCACCAUAUCUUCUUCCCUGUAACAUUGUUGAGGGAAGCUAUAGCUACGAGCAUGCAUGUGAAAUAAAGCCCCGAGUCUGUCUGCCGUGUUCUGUAAGAACAUGGUGCAUGAAUACGUAGGCAAUUAAUGUACUGAGACAUGCAUGGUUAUAUUAUUUCACUGAUUAGUUCAUGUC